AUGUUUUACCGCCUUCCUAAGCGUCUUCUAUUUCUGGAAAAAAAACAUUCUACUGAUUUUGGUAAUAUAUUAGUCUAUAUAAAUAAUCUGCAUUGCUGUACUAUUAGAUUUGUUCAGUACUUGACCAAAUUGAUUGAAUUUUUUGUCAAGGCAAUCCUCAUAGGUCUUACAACAGAUCUAAUACCGGUAGAGUUGGUAAGUAUAUAUACAGUAUAAGUUAUUUUAACUUUAAACUGGGAUUUGUUUUCCUUUUGUUUUUCUUUAAAUAAUUACCUAUAUAUUAAUUUAUUUUAUUUUGCUUACCAUGUUUCUAUAGGAAAACGAAAAUGUUAAUAGAAGUGUGCUGAAAAGGUAUGUAAAUUAGAAUGUUGUCUGACAACACAGGAAGAAAUAAAAUAUGUGUCACCCACACAACGCAAAAUUCCCAUUGGUCGAAAUCGAUGUGUCUGUCAAUCAAAUCUGAUACGUAAUAAUAACUUCUUAUUAACCGAACGCGAGGUCUGUACAGAGAAAUAUCGGACGGGGACCUUUUUUAUACAGACCGAGCCCAUAGGGUGAGGUUUGUACAAAAAGACUGAGGUCCGAUAUUUCUCUGUACAGACUGCGAGCAAACGAGGUUAAUAAAAAGUUUAUUAUAUGGCAUUUACAGGCAUUUAUACUUGAAACAAGCAAGAAAUACACAAUUUUAAAUGCAUAUUAGCAGCGUGGUACACAUUUUGUUGAAGAAAAUUUAAAAAAAUACCAAUGUAUUCUUUCUUUUCCACUAAAAACCAUACACAGAUAUCUUAUUAAUAACAAAUUAAAUUAUAAUUUUCAAAUUUUCAGUUGGUUUUGCUGUUUUGUUUUAAAAUUAAUGCGUUUGUUUUUACUUAAUGGACUGCCGGUCUAGCUUGAUCUUCAUACAUAUAUAAUGUACUGUAUAUAACUAUUUUUCUACAUAGUGAAGUAUUAAGUGAACACAGUCAGCCUCAAAUUAAUACUGAAAAAGAUGAAAAAGAUUUUUUGCCACCCUUUUGGUCUGUAUCGCAUUCAAAGACUGAGGUUAGUGAACUAUUAAUACAUGAUUUAUAGAUAUUUUCAGGCUCGUACAAACAAGCCCUUGACUCAUGAUCUUUGCAACAUAUUAGGAAAGUGGCUCAGAGUCUGAAACUGAGGACGACAUGCUGCCUGGCAACCAGUGUCACCAGUGCCUUGGAUUGUUUUCUUCCAGAAGCAACUUGACCAAGCAUCUGAGAUUAGGUCGUUGUAAAUCCAAGAAAAGGUAAGCAUUGUUGUUAUUCCAAUGUAAAUGUAGUAGUAAUUCAUGGCUGCAUGGGCAGAUGUUAAGGCCGUUUUCCACAGGUGGAAUUUUCCACGCGGAGCGGAAUUUCUCUCUGUAUUUUCUAACUAGUUCCAUUCGAGAAAUCACAAGAUAAAGAAAAACUCUGCUCCGCGUGGAAAACUUCGCCUAGUGGAAAACGGCCUUUAUGUUGCUGUGGAGCUGCACUUUAUGAAAAGGCUAACUGAAAGGUAAAUUGGGUGAAUCCCCAGAAAACAUCAAUACUCCCCCAAAAUGGAAAUAGUUCAGUUUUACCUUUAUGUCUGUCCAUAUUGGGGAAUUUGAAGUUGUGGAUCGUUUUUGACUUGAGAAAGGUGUAAUUGUAGGCUAUACCUGUAUAUACCCCAAAAACCAAAGAUACUCUCAGAACCGCACGCUUAGUUUAAAUGUAUUUUAUACAAGUAACCACAAAUUUGAUAAAAGAAGUUGACAGCACUUCAGAAGAUACCAACAUCCUCUCAGAAUUUUUUUCAGAAUUUUUGCUCUGAAAUAUUUAGACUAAGUUUGCAAACCAAAAUUAUUACAGCCUUGUUGGGGUCCUACUAUAAUCCUUAUGGCUUGACAUACAGUACUACUGAUGAACCAUUUCCUCCGUUCCUUAAAUUAUGUUUGAGCAGAUGUGCUGUAUAUACAUGUAUUAAAAAAGUAAUACUAACUGAUGUAUCCAAGUUGGAAAUUAAUACCAAUAUAUUUGUACAGAACAUUCAUAGCAGCCUUGGCUAAUUAGUUACUGUACCUCAAGUCGAAAUAGCAUAACCUUUACUUCAUUUCUGACUACCAUAUACAUGCUUGCCCAUUUUGUGCAAAAUUUCAUGUCCAAACACCCCCUAUCCUCCUUAUCAAUGUUGUGUAACACCUUGGACGUAUAACACACUACACACAACAUUGAAUGGGGAAAGGGGGGGGGGGGUUUGCUAUGCUUGUUAUUGAUGUGGGAGUCAAAUUUCGCACAGUCGGUGUCAAGUGCGCCAAUAUUUUUGACCAGGAUUGUAGGUACUACACAUCAUGUUGUACUGUAGUUUUCUUAGCAAAGUAUUAUGCGAUCUUGUUUUAGAAAACACACAAUGGCCUUUGGCGAAAAUGAGAAGGAAAAUAGCAUUAUUCAACCUCCCGAUUUGUUUGUUUAGUAAGUUUGCAUACACUAAUAAUGUAUUUUCUUCUGAAAAAUUCUAAACUCAUCAAAUACAAAUAGAAGCUUGUGUAAAGAGUCAUGCGAUGAGAGGCUUUAGGUAUUGUAAAGACGAGAGGAUCUUGUAGAAUAUUUGUCACUACUGCACUAUGCAAUGCAUAUACCAAUUUUUAAUCUUAUAAAAUAAAUCCAUGAAAUGCUGAUUGCAAGAAGUUAUUGUUUGUUUUUAGAUAUUAUUGAUAAUUAUAUAUAAAAAUAGGUAUGCAUUAUUGUGUACAUGUGGGUAGCCUUGAUAUCAGAAAAUUGAGAUUCCAUGCAUAACAGAUUCAAUGAUCAUAGAAAUAGUGAAACUUCAGUAAUUAGGUGGCAAAUAUUGAAACUUAAGUUCAUGGGGAAUUUUCGCCAUCAGUAUAAUUAUGCGUUGUUAUUAUUCGCAUCUUGACAGCCCCGAUUUUAUAACCAGACGACUUUUACGUCUUUACAUCUGGUUAUUUACUUAUUUUUCCAGGUCAUAUCAUCGGCAGUCCGCUUUAUACACAUUUUCAGAUUUGUACAGUUUCCUAUUCAAAAUUUCUCAUUCCAAUCUUUAAGUUCUCGUGGUUUCAAAAACAUCGAGAAAAACAUUUUCAAAUUUGUAAUAUUAUAUGGUCUCAAGGAGUCGAGUGGUCGCAAAAAUAUUUUAUCCAUUUGAACAUAAAGAAUCGUCUCAAAUCGUGGAGUGCUCGGCCAGACGACAAUUUCCGAAUUUAUCAUCUUGGCAUCCAUUGACAUCCUUGUUUCAGUACAACAUAGUACCUAGCAAAUGUUAGAUAUUAUUAGAUAAAAAUGUUCAAAGUUUACUAAACUUCAUUUUCAAAAACCAUGAUUUUAUUUUACUUGCGAUCCAGAUCAAUGAUAUUUAGAUAACUUUUCAGGUGAACUGUAGAUUAAAAAAUAAAUAUACGUAUAUUUUUAUUUGUUUCAUUUUCAGUAACCAGAAGCGACUCUUACCAGCCCUAUGGGACCACUGUGCAGUCAAGAAAGUAAAAAAACUACACUAUGACAUCGAUGGCGUUUGUGUCUACGAAUUGGAUUAUGAUGCUGCAAACAUGAUGGGGAGUAGUAAAGAUGGAAGACCAUGGAGAAUUUGGCACACCUCAAGAAGGAGUGGUUAUGAUGGAAUAAGAAGAGUAGCAACAUGUGGGGGCACCUACCAGUGUAAUAACAACAGAUGUCCAUACCUCCAUUCGUAUUCGAAGACAAAUAAAGUCCAAUUUAAAACGGUGACGUCACAGGUCACAUCCUGCGCUUGUUGUGGUUAUGAAGCUGUGCCAGUACCAUGUGAUGCAAAAAAAGUAUGGGAAUUCAGCAAUGACACUCUUCUGGUUUACCACUGUGGUAAACAUUCGUGUGUGGCGAAGAAGCAAAUAUAA